AUGGAAUAUUUUAAAAAAACUCCACCUGAAAAGUUUCGGUUUCUAGACUUUUACAGUUACCGCCAGAAGCAAGAUGAUUUUACCCGAUCUUUUCGAGAAGAGUCCGGCAAUCUCUGGCGUUGUUUGAAGUCACUGGUGAAAGAAAGCGCUACAGGUGUGAGGCUUGCUACUGAAGUCCCGAGAAGGGGUAACAUACUUCCAUGGCUACGGCGGGGGGUUCAACCCGCUUUAUGGUGGUUUCCCGUCAUGUUUCGCAAUUAUUGUGAAAGUAGGAGUCUCACUUGCAGUCCUGAGAAGGGGUACAUACUCGCACAACUACGGCAGGGGGUUCAACCUGCCUUAUGGUGGUUUCCCGUUAGACAUCGAACGAAAUUUGAGGACGUUCACACAUUUUGGCAACGAAUUGAGAAUGAAACGUCGAUUGAUAAUGCUGAGACAGAAGUAGCUUGCAAGUUCAUACACAGAUCUUCUAGAGUCAUUGAUGUGGCGCUUACCAAUGUCGAGGAGAAGAUGAAACAAAACCGGAAACAUGCAAAUAAGGAAGGAGAAUGUUCUACGAGGAGACUCGGAAAUAGUGCAUCCAAUGAUUAUGAUGUAAAUUUAAGUGAAACUGAAUUUUCUAACAUGGAUUAUGAAGAGAAAGAGUCUGAUAAAAGAAAACUGAGUGAAUCCGAUUAUGAACCAAGUAGCAGUCCUAUUUCCUCUGAUUCGGGCAAUGAUCGAAAAAAAAAGCUAAAGAGAAGCAACCGAAAACAACCAAAAUCAAAAGUAAUAGUGAGACGUGAAAGAGAUUGUUGCAGUAGUACCAAUAAGUAUGAAGAUAAUCCAGCACCUGCAAUAAUGAUGGCUGGAGGUGACGCCGUAGAAUCACUUCCUCCACUAUCAUCAUUACUACCCAUUCCUCCAUUGCCAUUGUUACCACCACCCGGUUCUAUAAAUUCUGUACUAAACAAUGUAAUAAUACCAAAAGAUUUACCAACGUUGGUAAAUCAAGAUCAAUUAUCGCCUUUAUUAACAAAUCCUAUCAUCCAAACCCCUGGAACUCCACCGCCAAGGCCUAAUGUCAAUAAUAUACAAAUUACUCCUCAAAAGUUGAUGCUUUUUAAGGAAUCCGUUACCUAUCUACCAAAUCAUAUAAAGAUAGAUGUAAAUGAUGAAGGAAUGAUCAUAAAAGACAAUCAUACUUCGGAAGAAAUUUCUGGUAUAAUUCGUAAUUGGCUCAUAAUGGCAUUAACAUCACCGAAAGAAGAAUUUGUAAAAGCUAUUAUGACUCCUUUAAGCUCAGAAGCAAGUCCAAAAGAUUGUGAUUUUCGUCAAAUUUGCGAGUUUGUCCUUUAUGAUUUUUAUUUUAUGACAAAGAAAGGUCCUUUAAAAAGAGAUAUUGGUGAGCUUGAAUUGGAUUGUAUGAGAGAAGCGAAGAAGAUAUUUCCCAAGUUUGAUUUACCUAUAUACCAGGCUGAUGGUCUUGGAGUACGGAAUUCGAGUAAAAAGGAGGUUGUUUUUAUCGAAAUAUUGGGUGGGCCCGAAAAUACAGAUCAAAAAAAAUUAAAAGAAGAUUCGGAAAAGCUUCUGAAAGAAGCUGUAUUCGGACUUGUUUCCCUAUUACGAAAUUAUUUGGAUAAAAGUGUCGAAGAAUCGAAGCAGUUAUACACGUUCAUGAUUCAGGGCAUCGGUAAUCAUGUUUACAAAGUUUCGCAGAUCAAAUCUGCAACCCUCCCAUUCGAAUUCAUUGAUGUGGCGGAUUAUUUAGCAGUCUUUGAAUUCCUUUAUAUUCUUGUAAGCGAGCUCGAAAUUCAAACGAGGGUAAUUAAUAAAUUAAGGUUAUCUGAAUCGGCCGAUGGCGUAAUUGUACCAAGAAUUCGUGAUUGGAUUUGGCUGCCAGAUUCGAUUUCUGCAUGGGAAUGUGAAGAGAUUCAAAAUGAAAAUCCAUGA